AUGAACACUGCAACUGAUGAUGAAGAAUAUGAGAAUAAUAGUAAUCAAAAUAAUAAUCAUCAUCAUCAAGCAUCGUCGUCGGGCACUACAUCCAACAACGAUCCAUCCAAAGACGAUACUCCAGGAGGAAAGUUUGCUGCUAUUGCAUGUGUUUCAUGCCGAAAGCUCCACCGCAAAUGUGAUAAAACUCUCCCACAUUGUGCCUACUGUGUCAAGACUGGAAAGCAAUGUGUGUAUCCCUCACCGCGAAGAGGAAAACAAUUUCAACAACAAAAGCAAAAACAAGGAGUUGUUCCAUCAUCUAAUAAUAAUCAUAAUAAUCAUGAUGUACUAUCUCUUUCUGGCUCAUCGACAAAUCAUCAUCAUCAUCAUCACCAACAAUUAAUCAUAGUGAAUCAGAGUGAUCUUCAUCAUACCAAUAAUAAUAACAAUAAUAAUAACGGCAUUGUAGGCAUUCAUCAAUACCCUCAUCCUCAUCGACCACAUAGCCAUCAACAUCUCUCCUCCUCCGCAGGAGCUCUUACUACCACAUCGUCAUCAUCACUGGAUAAUACAAGCUCGUCCAACUCAUCUCAUGGAAGCAGUACCAACACUAACAACAAUAGUCAUAGCAACAACAACAAUAAUAAUAACAGCACUAACACCACCACCACCACGAAUAGCAAUGAAACCAUCUCCAUUCAAUACACUCCAUACGAUACUGGAAAGACACAACAUGAACUCAAUUACAAAUAUGUAGCAACGCAAAGUCUCGACCUUUACUACAACAUUUUGAGUUUUGGAUACCCUCUCAUUGAGAGAGAUCGGUUACAAGCACUCAUUGACAAUACUACACAAAAGAAACCAACGGCUGAUAACAAUAUACAACUGUGGCAAAACAAGCUCGAACAAGAGAAGGACUAUGGCCUUCUCUAUUCCAUGCAAGCGCUAUGCCUACAACAAAUGGGACAUCGUGACAUUUCCAUGCAUCUCUUUCAAAAGGGAAAACAAAUUGUUUCGAAAUUCUUUGAUGAAGUAGAGACAAUCAACAUCCCAAUUGCCAUGAAAUUCAUAGCAGAAUAUCUACUUGGAUCAGGAGAAAAGAAGAAGGCUCGUGUUAUAUCAUCAAUGGUCAAAGCAAACAUUGCGCCUUAUCUAAAGGGAGCACCUGGGUCGACGCCACCAACCGCAACGAAAUCCAAUUCCACUUCCAGCAGUAAUCCAAACGACUUUUCUUGGAUUGAUAAGGAACCAAGGAUUUUCCCUGCCGUCUUACUUGAUACUCAAUUGAGAUUUUUAGACUUUUUCCUGAUUGAGGAAGAAAGCCCAAACACUUUUAUUUUCGAAGAGUUGGAGAUAUUGGGUCACAAUAAGAUGAAGCUUGACCUCAACAAGGUUGGAAAAAGCUGUAGACAACUCAAUGAAGAAAAUUCUCAAAAGUUGUUGGCCAUCAUUAAGACUUAUGAAUGCUUUACGGACUUGGUAUUCAACACACUUGCCAAGAAAGAUUCCUUGGUUUAUUUGGUCGCUCAACUCACGAACAAGCAAGUGCAUCUUGAAAUCUUAAAUAAUUGCAAUGCCCAAGCAAUGGAUAUUGGUGAAAUGUUAAAAGUUGCAUACCAAAUUAUUGAGUUGACAAAGAAUGCUUACUUUCCAUACACUCCAAUUUAUGCUUGUAAGGCUGUCAUUUUGGCAUGCACGGUACGACUGAAGUACAACAAUCAAGGAGCCAACAUCAAUGGAACGAUCGAUUUUAAGGACGAUCUAAGAGCCAUGCGAGUGUUGGCAAGUAGAUUCUCUCUCAUCCAAAAAGAAUGUGGGCAACUCAUCAAAACCAUUGAGAGUGUUCUGUAUACACAAUCACUGACUCAAAACAACACUCGAGAGAUGCCAUUCUCCAACACGUCGUCACUCAUGGAUGAAUCGAAUCCAUUCCGUUCUUUGCUUGGCAAUUUUUAUCCUACCUUAUCUUCAGACUCUGCCAUUUCAGACAUUCUCAACAUUGCUCCUCAAUUGGGUGGUGGAUAUAGCACUGAUGACAUUUUUGGUAUUAUCGAUUCCAACUAUGACGAUAUUUUUGCGACACAAAUUUUGGACUCGUUUUAUGAGAACAAUGUUUACGAAACUAGGUACAGGGCUCUAAUGGAAGAGGUCAUGGAAGGAUCAGAACGAUUCUCCAUUUCCAUCCAAAAUCUUAUCAAGCAACAACAAGCUCAACAAAUACCAGAUACCCUUCAACGAUUAGAAGGGUUGAGAAAACUUCGUUUAGACUUGGCCAAUGAAAUGCUAGACAUUGCUAAAAAAGCAAAAUGA